AUGGCAACUGAAACACAAUACACUCCAUUAGCUAGUGCAAUUGUUGUAGACCCUCAAUAUAAUCAACAAUAUACACAACCACCAGUAUACACUCAACCCGCAUCAUAUCAAGAAGGGUUUGUUCAACAACAAACGUAUUCUUCUCAAGAAAAUUCUGAACAAACCUCUAUGCUAUUAUUUAUUUUAGGAUUUUUCACUUGCUUAACAUGGGUCAUAAAUAUUUUUAUGUUUAGAGAUAGUACAAAUGAUAAUACAAAGAAGUGGGUUAAAUUAUCGAAAAUUUUACUUAUUCUUUAUACUAUUCUUAUUGUAGGGUCUAUUGCAUUAACUAUCAUUAUCAGUAUUAUUUCUGUUAUAGUUGCUGUUGCAGCUGUAAGUGCUGAUGGUGUUAUUUACUAA